AGUUUUGGCUGAAGAGUCCCAUCUGAGUGCUGGGUGUCCGAUCUCUCGUGUACAGAGCGCGUCUUCCAUGGUGGAGGCCGCGGAGGCGCAAGUUUUAGAGGCACUCGUCGCCAAGCUGAAGGAGGACCCAUCGCUGAUCUACGAUCCGAAGCUCGCAGUCUUCAAGGACUUCAUCCUGAGCUGGGGUGCAAAGGCGCCAGAGGCAAAACCGCAACCCAAGCCGCAAGCCAAGGCACCUGAGCCUGAGCCUGCAAAGGUCGAGGAGGAAGAAGAGGAGGAGGAGCCCGAAGAGCCUGAGGAUCCUGAUCCUGACAGACUCGAGAAGGAUCCUGAGCCCUAUCCUUCACCCGGACCGGCUGGGGAGUUAGACCUGACCGAUGACCAGCUGGACAAGCAGGGCGAGCUCAAACAGGCUGCGGCAGAAGCUUUGGAGGAUGGGGAUUUGGCCAAAGCAGUGGAGAAGAUGACCCAGGCCUUUGAGAUCGGCAACGUCUCGGCCAUGAUGUGCUCAGCCUCAGAAGGGAGAUCGUUCAAGUCGGGUGAAGAUCUGACAGUUGAAGUGGGGAGUUCGGACAGAUGCGCAGAAGGAUGACUCUGUCUAUUUGUUUUUUCGAUCCUUCUUGUGAUGGGGUUGUGAAUAUCAAAGGUACACCCAACACUGGAGGUGUUCUGCAUCCCUUGGGAAGACGUCGAGGCAAUUUCAUGGGCCAUAAGAUGGUGAUGCCCACUUAGUAGGUUUGCCUUUCUUCCUAUUUGGGUGCAGAUAGAUUGUCCAAGAUUUGGCCGUCAUGUUUUGAAAUGGCGCUCUGA